AAAAAAAGAUAAAGCGAAGAUAACUGUUUAACAAUUUAAUCAUCUAAUUUAAUUAAAUUAAAUGAAUAAAUUCUAUCUAAUAAAAAAAAAGAUUUUAUAUAAUGUGUUAUAAAAUGCAAAUGUGUACAAUAAAUAUAUUUUAGAAUUUAUUUUAUUAAAAUAAAUAAUUUUAAAAUAUAUUAAGAAUAGACAUUUUGACAAGAUAAGAAAACUAAUAUAUUAUAAGUAAAAAUGUGUGGAAUUUGGGCUCUUUUUGGAUUAAAUGUAUCAUCCUUAACUAAUAUUUGUAAUAAUUUUGAAAAAAUUGCACAUCGUGGUCCAGAAGCAUUUAAACUUGAAUUUGAUUAUGCAAUUAAGAAUGGUUAUUUUGGAUUUCAUAGAUUAGCAAUUGUGGAUAAUCUUUAUGGUAUGCAACCAAUGAGACUUCAUCAAUAUCCACAUUUAUUUUUAUUAUGUAAUGGUGAAAUUUAUAACUGUAAAAAACUUGGUCUAGAAUAUGGAUUUACAUAUACCACUCAAUGUGAUGUCGAGGUGAUAAUUCAUUUAUAUGCACAUCUUGGUAUUGAAAAUGUGACCAGGAUGCUUGAUGGAGUUUUUGCAUUUUGUUUAAUGGAUAUUAAAAAUAAAAGAAUUCUUAUAGGUAGAGAUCCCUAUGGUAUUAGGCCUCUUUUCAAAUUAAGUUCUGAUGAUGGACAAUUAGCAAUUUGUUCAGAAAGCAAGGGACUUAUAGAAAUAAUUAAACAUAUAACUUCAAAAUUAACAUUAAAACCAUUUCCACCAGGAUAUUAUGAAGAAUAUGAAAUUUUAAAUGAUGGUAGAACAAAAUUAUUAAAAAGCAUAAACUAUUAUCAACCUGGAGACAAACCUUAUUUUCAAGCUUUUGUUCCUUAUAAUAGUUUGAUUAAUGCAGAUAUACAUGGAAAUAUAAGAAAAUUACUUUCAACUGCUGUUCAGAAAAGAUUAAUGUCUGAUAGAGAAAUUGGUUGUUUAUUAUCAGGAGGCUUAGAUUCAAGUUUAAUUGCUGCUUUACUUGUAAAACAUGCAAAAGAUGCAAAUUUAUCAUAUAAAAUAAAAAGUUUUGCAAUUGGUAUGGGGGAUAGUCCAGAUAUUAUUGCAGCUAGACAGGUUGCAGAAUAUAUAGGAACUGAACAUCAUGAAAUAAUCUUUUUUCAAAAUGAUGUAAUUGAUAUUUUAGACAAACUUAUUUAUCAGUUAGAGACUUGUGAUAUUACUACAAUUCGAGCUUCUAUUGGUAUGUAUCUUAUCUCAAGAUAUAUCAAACAGAAUACAGCAACAACUGUGAUAUUUAGUGGAGAAGGUGCUGAUGAAUUAGCACAAGGAUACAUUUAUUUUAGGGAUGCACCAAAUCCAAUAGAAGCUCAUAAUGAAUCUGUACGAUUAUUAAAAGAUAUAUAUUUAUAUGAUGGUUUGAGAGCAGAUAGAACAACUAGUGCAUUUAGUUUAGAAUUACGAGUUCCAUUUUUAGAUAUUCAAUUCACAAAUUAUUAUUUAUCAUUGGAUCCUGCUUCUAGACAACCUCAAGGAGGAAUUGAAAAAUACUUAUUAAGAUCUGCUUUUAAUGAUACAAAUCUUUUACCAUCAAAUAUAUUAUGGAGGCAUAAAGAAGCUUUUAGCGAUGGUGUAACAUCAAUUAAGAAAUCGCUUUUUCAUGUUAUACAUGAUAUUGUAAAUGCUUGUAUAUCAGAUGAAGAAUUACAAAAAGCUCAUUCAAAAUUUCCACAUUGUACUCCAAAAACGAAAGAAGCUCUUUAUUAUAGAAAAAUUUUUGAGAAAUAUUAUAAAGGGCAAGCUGAAAAUUUUGUACCAUAUUUUUGGAUGCCACGGUGGGUAAAAGGAAUUUCUGAUCCAUCUGCAAGAUUUAUUAUACAUUAUGCAGCAGAUGUAAAAAAUAAUCAAAAAGAAAAUGAAAAGAGAUUAAAAAUAUAAAAACUUAUAUAUAUAAAUUUCUAAUUACUUUAUAAAAAAAGAGUAUAAAAUAAUUUGUAAAAAAAAUUGUACAUAUAUUAUUUAUUAUAAUACAAUAAAUAUUUUAAUAAUAA